AUGGCGUCCAAUACUGAGGGACCUAAAGAUCACUGGUCAGUCAAAGCGUAUUCUGCCUCUGCAUCUUUCGUGCACUCCGCAAAAAUCACCGGCAAACUCCUCACCUCUCUAGACCCCAAGCCAACAGACAAGGUCCUUGAUGUCGGUUGUGGAGAUGGAAAAUUCACAUCGAACUUCCUUCCCACCAUCGAGUCCGUUUUAGGCAUUGACUCGUCUGCAUCCAUGAUCGAGGCUGCCAACAAAGACUACGCAAGCCCCAAGGCAAGCUUCCGCGUUGUGGAUUGCCGCUAUCUGGAGAGAGACACCUCCAUUGUGAAUGGAUCAUGGGAUAAAGUGAUCUCCAACGCAGCCCUCCACUGGAUUUUACGCGAUGAGUCGACGCGCAUGUCGACACUUCGCGCAAUCCACGGCUGUCUGAAGCCGGGCGGCACAUAUGUGUUUGAGAUGGGCGGACACGGGAAUAUUGCUGAGGUUCACACAGCCCUUAUCUACGCACUGGUGCAACGGGGUAUCACUAUCGAAAUAGCAAGAGAGACAAGCCCCUGGUUCUUCCCAUCUGAUACCUGGAUGAGAAAUGCCCUAGAAGAGGUCGGGUUUAAGGUUGAGAAUGUCGAACUCGAGUACCGCCCAACGAAACUCACCACUGACGCCAAGGGUGGCCUGGAGGGAUGGGUUAGACUGAUGGGAGCCCAGUUCUUAGAAGUGCUCCCCGAGGAAAAGCGGGAUACUGCAGUGCAGCAUAUUUGCGAUGUGCUCCGGGACGUGGUUACUCGUGGUGAGGAUGGGAGCCAGUGGCUGGGAUAUGUGCGCCUGAGGGGUAUUGCGAAGAAGAUCUAA